ACUGGGCUGAGGACAACUUGGGAGCCCAGAGAGAAGAGCUAGGGCACAGCAAAGGACCUGCUCCAUCCCCCAUGGCUCAGGACAGCCCGAGGAGAACCCCAGUGCUGCUGCCCUGAGGGCAGAGUGUGAACAUGGCCAGGUGAGAGCAGCAAAGAGCCUUUGCCCUCAGGACGGGCCAGGCUCUGCCCUCAGCCACUUCCGCAAAUGCACCCUCAAAUUUUCUUAAUAUCAGUCUCACAGCAAAAUGUGGUGAAGUGUUUCCGUCGAAAGCAAGAGCUCAGGCACUUCCUCCACCAGCAUCACUGUGAUGCAGGAGGGCUCACAAGACAGACACUUCUGAACAGGACACGUUGGGCAGCCCCCAGCGAUGCCCCUUCCCUGGGUUUGAGAAGAGCCAUGGAGCUGAGAGCCCUCCUCCUGCUGCUGCUCUGCUUCCCAGGUUUUCAGGCCCAAAUACUUAGGACUGAGGAGACACGCUCAGAAGGCAGCAGUCUGUACAUCCAGUGUCCUUACACAGCACAGACUACCCACCAGCAGCAGAAAGCCUGGUGCCGCCUCAGAAACAGACAGUGUGAGCCCUUAGUGGUGACAAAAGAAUACUCACACACAAACUGGGCCACAAAAGGGAGAGUCGCAUUAAAGGACAACCCCACAGAGAGAACUGUGUCUGUCACCAUGACUGAACUCCAGGCAGAGGACUCAGGCAGGUACUUCUGUGCUUACUACUCCUACGGGUAUCAUCAACUAAGGAUGAUCUCACUGUUUGUUUUCAAGGAGCUGCAUAAGUGGGAGUUGGACAGUGUCUCUGUGCAGUGCCUGCCCAGCACCCUGAACUACAGCUUGGGGACAAAAGUUUGGUGUCGAAGAGAAGAUGAGACUUUGUGUAGUUUCAUAGUGAGGACAGACUACUCUUCAACACAGCAUAACAGCAAAGCUCUGGAAGACCGAACAUUGAUCCAGGAUGACACCCAGAAAAGGACUGUCACAAUCACCAUGCAGAAGCUGCAGGCUGAGGACUCCGGCAUGUACUGGUGUGCGCUCUACAGAAGGUCUUCUCUCACCUGGCUCAUGGAGGUCAGGCUCUCUGUCUUCAAGAGGACCAAACAAUACACAGCCAAGGAAUCAGGCGAUGUCUCUGUCCAGUGUCCAUACAGUGUCCCAGAGUACAGGGCUGUGAGCAAAGCCUGGUGUAAAGAGGGAGCAAGGAAAUCAUGUACAGUGCUAGUCACCACCAACAGCCUGGAGUACCAGAGGACACCUCAGCAAGGCAGAGUCAGGAUCCAGGACGACACGGAGCAGGGGAUUGUCACUGUCACCAUGGAGAGACUGCAGGCGCAGGACACCGGUGUGUACUGGUGUGCACUUUACGAACAUGCUCAUCUCUUCCGAAUGCUGGAGGUCACACUUAAUGUUUCUGAGGUACUGGCUGGAACAACUUUGCCAGGAGCUGCAGGCACAAGUCAAGCAACCCCUGCUGCCAACAGCCCAGCCCCGAGCUUGAUAAUGGGCUGCAACAGCAUCACGCUGUGCUACUGUCUAACACUGGUAACUCCUUUGCUCUCCUGGCUUCAGCUCAAAUGGAAACACCAUCCUGCUGUCUGGGAUCCUGAGCAUCCUGUUCUUCCUGGCACUCAUCAGCUUGGUAACACUGUAUGUCAGGCGCUGCAAGCAGCUGAACGCAACAGGUAUGUGGAGUCUGAGGACACCUAUGAGAAACCAGGCAACACAGCCCAGCCUGACAGCUAUGAAAGACUGCCAAGUCCCAGAGACAACAGCAAAGACCUAAAGUAUGUCACCCUGAACUUUAAAUCCCGGCUCAGCCCUGAGGAUCCUCUCUACUGUAAUGUUGAACUAAGUGAGGUUCUCAGGAAACCCAAGGAUGAAAACGUGGAAUAUGCUACCAUUGCGGUCAAGCAGUUAACAACGAAUGACAAGGGAUGAAGCACAGAAUCCCAAAACAAUCCAGAAAUGGGAGAAAAGUACUGGAAUACAAAGUGGGAAUGGGGAGUAGAAGGUGUGUGGAUGGACACUGGGGGUAGAUCUAAGGUUUUGCUGCCAUGUGUAUGUUGCCUAU